CGCUGUGCGUCUGAAAACAGUGCGCGGUGGCUUCCGGUUAGCAUGUAGCCCGUCUUAGCUUCCACGCUGCGACGGCGCCCCCCGCUUGUGAGCGCGUCACCUGCCGCAGCUCUUCUUCUUCUGCUCCCCCCUCGCCGGUUUCCGGUUAAAUAAACCCUGGGCCGUGACGCCAACUUCCGCUUCUAAACACAGCCUUUCUCUUUCGUGCUUAGACAAAACUCCACCGCUCUCAAACUGCGGGAGACGAAACUAGUCUGCAACGCUGAACAGCAGUGACAACAUUUACAUGUGCGUUAAAAAUUAAAAAUUAAAAUAAAAAAAGUGGGAGGGGGUUUUACUGCGAUGAGUAAACGAUAUGCAUCCCAGAAAGGGUUCAGUGUAAAGUAAAGCUACGAUAGAGGCCUGUGCGGUGUGAUUGUGAUGGACGCCUCAGCAGGGGGUCCCUGCAGCAGCGAACGUUUCGAGGCGAUGAGGGCUCCGCGAGGGAAGCUGUCACUGUGACUGACAGGUUUACACCCAUGUUGUCUGGAUGUACCAGAGUUUGUGGCAGAUUUGUAUCCCUGACCCAUACAACAGCCCGCACAUCUCGCUCUCCCUUCAUCUCUCUUUCCACAUCUCCGUCCUUCCGUCCCUCUUUCCCUUCAUCUUCCUCCAUUCAACCCAUCCUCGCUCCUCUGGUUCCCUCUCUCCACCUCCCCUUUCCUCUCAGACGGUUUCUCUCUCGCUCUGCUCAUCCCACCGGCCCAAUGGAUCUUCAAGAAGUUCUUGUAGUGCUGGAGAAGCUCGCUCCUCUGUCACUGGCCGAGUCGUGGGACAACGUCGGCCUGUUGGUUGAGCCGAGCAGAGCCCGGCCAAUCAAAACCAUCUUACUGACCAAUGACCUCACUGACGCCGUCAUGGAGGAAGCAGAGGCCAUGAGCUGUGACCUCAUCAUCUCCUACCACCCGCCGUUGUUUCGGCCAGUCAAGCGUCUGGUUCAGGGCGACUGGAAGCAGCGAUUGGCUGUUCGGGCCAUAGAGGGUGGGAUGGCUGUGUUUUCUCCUCACACCUCAUGGGACAGCGUUAAGGGGGGUGUGAACGACUGGCUGGUAGCAGGACUUGGGAGUGGCCAGGUGUCUGUACUGAGCCAGGCCCACGGUAGCGCCCCUCACAGUCACAAACUGGAAUUCACUGUCAGGAAUGACGCACAACUGAAUGACAUCAUGGAAGAACUAAGGAGAGCUGACAGCAGAACCCUGCUGCAGUACUCAGUCAACAGUUCAGACAGCAGUUUGGUUCACGUCAGUGUGACCUGCAGUGACUCAGCGCUGACCUCUAGUGUUCAGACUGUGCUACGACAAGUUGGUCCCAGCCACUCCCUCAGCAUUCUACAGUUGCAGAAGCCACCUCUCCCAGGCCACGGUCAAGGGCGUCUCAGCGUUUUGGAAGAGCCUGUAACUGUGGCAACAGCCGUCCAGAAAAUGAAGUCUCACCUUGGCCUAAAUCACGUCCGCUUGGCCCUGGGUGCAGGACAGACAGUGGAGUCCACGGUGUGUACCGCGGCUGUGUGCGCUGGUUCUGGUGCCUCGGUACUGAGCGGAGUCAAAGCGGACCUGUACGUCACAGGUGAGAUGUCCCACCAUGAGGUGCUGGACGCUGUCUCCAGGGGAACCAGUGUCAUCCUCAGCGACCAUAGCAACAGCGAGCGGGGCUUCCUGACCGUGUUUAGGGAGAGGCUGGCCAUGCGGCUGCCUGACUCCGUCACCGUGGCGAUUUCACAGGCGGACAGAGAUCCGCUAGAGGUGGUCUGAGCGGGGUGCCGAACCAGCCUGAACCCGAUAAAUUCUGCUACACCGUUGUCUGGAAAACAUAAGGAGUCACACAUCAGUCAUUAAAACACAUCUGUAGGCUGAAGACAAGUUUUCUUCCAGAGGUUUCUGGUCUGUUUAUUGCCACGGAGAGAAACUGUGCUGCUCUUGAUGGAUUUCUGGAAAGUUACUUGUAAAUAAAAAGGUCCCGUGG